AUGGCGGCGGCCGAGCCCGCGAGCUCCGGCCAGCAGGCGCCGCCGGGGCAGGGGCAGCGUCCACAGCCGCAGCCUCCGCAGCCUCCGCAGCCUCCACAGCCUCCACAGCAGCCCGGGGGCGCGGGCGGCAGCGGGGGCGGUGGUAGUGGUGCCAGCGGUGGCGGCGGCAGCAGCAGGCACGAGAAGAGCCUGGGGCUGCUCACCACCAAGUUCGUGUCGUUGCUGCAGGAAGCCAAGGACGGCGUCUUGGAUCUCAAAGCGGCUGCAGAUACUCUGGCUGUCAGGCAAAAAAGAAGAAUUUACGAUAUAACCAAUGUCUUAGAAGGAAUUGAUCUCAUUGAAAAAAAGUCAAAAAAUAGUAUCCAGUGGAAAGGUGUCGGUGCUGGCUGUAAUACUAAAGAAGUCAUAGAUAGAUUGAAAUUUCUUAAGACUGAAAUUGAAGAUUUAGAACUGAAGGAAAGAGAACUUGAUCAGCAGAAGUUAUGGCUCCAGCAAAGCAUCAAAAAUGUGAUGGACGACUCCAUUAAUAAUAGAUUUUCCUAUGUAACUCAUGAAGACAUCUGUAAUUGCUUUAAUGGUGAUACACUUUUGGCUAUUCAGGCACCUUCUGGUACACAGCUGGAAGUACCUAUUCCAGAGAUGGGUCAGAAUGGUCAAAAGAAGUACCAGAUCAAUCUAAAGAGUCACUCAGGACCUAUCCACGUGCUGCUGAUAAAUAAAGAGUCCAGUUCCGCGAAGCCCGUGGUGUUUCCCAUUCCCCCACCUGAUGACCUCACACAGCCUUCAUCUCAGUCCUCCUCCACUCCAGCGACCCCACAGAAACCCCCUGGGGCCGCUCACCAAGUGCCUGAGCAGCCUGCCUCUGAAAGAAGUCCGCAUCUCCAGCAGACACCUGCUACAGACAUACCUUCAGUAGGAUCUAUUAGUGGAGAUAUCAUUGAUGAGUUAAUGUCUUCUGAUGUGUUUCCACUCUUGCGGCUUUCUCCUACCCCAGCAGAUGACUACAACUUUAAUUUAGAUGACAAUGAAGGAGUGUGUGACCUGUUUGAUGUCCAGAUACUAAACUACUAGAAUUCAUGGAAACUUGGGACUCUUAUCUACCUCUAACUGUGUAACAUUUAGACUUCUUAAUAACCUAAGUAUUUAAUGAAUGUAACACCUUUUUAGUUCACUGAUUCUGAAGUAUUCUUCCCUAAUACUUUUCUUUUACUUCACAAAACUUCAACCAUGAAAACAAAGAGCUUUACUAUUCAACCUUACCCCCAUAGGAUCCCCGUGUGAUUCUCUGGGAUUUCAGUGCUUUUUUUUUUUAAUCUGUAUUUUUGUUUUUUGGUCUUUUUUUAAACCAAUUCUAGAUCUUUGUUUUCUUCCUAUGAGAGGAAAGUUAAAACAGACUUCAGGUCUCUGAAAGCAAACAAGAAAGUUGGCCAAAGGCCCUACACUUGUUUAUCUUGUAUGGUUACUGCCAUGACUGUCUGUACUUCUGUGUCUUUCAGGCCAGACAUUCACUGCCACUUAUAAGUGAAGGAUGUAAGUGAGGAUUUCUAACUGUUUCAGUGAACAGAUUUUGUGAAGUGCCUUCUGUUUUAGCACUUUAAGUUUAUCUGACAUUCCACUUUCCUAGGUUUUAGGAAAGAGCUGUUUAUGUAGUUUGUUUUUAAAAUGUGCCAAUGCCUGUACAUUAACAAGAUUUUUAAAAAUAAAAUU